AUGCCGAGCACGCCCUCCUUCGUCUUCAUCCCCAAGCCCUCGCUCGUGCCGCACCUCGCAGUGAACCCGCCUGCCCCCACUUCUGUAGAACUGCACAACCUCGCCGUCAUUCAACCUCACCUGCCCGAGCGCGGUGGCGACUCGCUUGUCGCACGCCCGGAUAGCUCGCACGCCCUCGACUCAUCAUCGCCCAUGACCUCGUCGGCGUACAUCUCCCGUGACCCCCGCUCGUGGUGCGCCAUCAUCCUACUCGUGCUGAGGACUGCGCUCGACUUCGCUGAGGCUAGCGCGAGGCUGCCGAACGACCCCAACAGGCUUGUCACCAAGGGCGAGCGUGCAUGGCCAGUAUGCACACAUCCAGCAUGCACGACCGUGCCCCGUACAAUUGACGGGCCCCGCGCCAGGUCCAUCGAGCCCAAGGCGAACUUCGACUGGCCUGCGAUGUUCGACUUCGUUGUCGGGCGGGGCAGGCACGAACGCAUCUCCAUGUGGCCGUGCUCGUCAUUGCUGGUGGUUGCGAAUGUUGAGGAGAGGUGCAGCCGUGACUCGCAGAUCGCAUCCACGUUGCAGAACGCGGUGGUGCACCACGCGGCCUUCCACCCGUCACACCCACCAUUUCCUCCUCCUCCUUCGUCCGUCCAGCAGCCCACGCCCGCACCGUAUAGCCCAAACAUGUCGAACGCCGCCGAACGACCCCGCGUGUCGUGA